AGAAGAAAGCAAAGCAUGCUUUGAAAAUUCACUUCGACACCAACACUCUCAACUUGCUUCUUCUCCUUCUUCUCCGGCCCCCUUGAAAUGGCCGUUGCUGUAUCGAGCUUAUUCUCCGUGCUAUCCUCCACCGUUAAGUUCAGCUGCUCCAUUUCCUCCCAGUCUUGCUUCCCCUCCUCUCACGCACCCGUCACUUCCCGCGCCUUUGUACUCGGUCACAAGCGCAGAGAUUCAAAUUCGGAAGGAGCCUCCUCCUCACCUAAAUCCAACACUCAAAUAGAAGCUUUUGCGCAGAAGAAGCAUCCAGGGCGAUCAAAAGAUGAAAGGCUUGCUCUAUAUGCUGAUGGAGGCAGUGGUAGAAGGGAUAUGGUGGGACUCCAACCAAUUGCUCAUAAACCAUUUGGCAUGCCAAGGAAAGAUAAGGAGUUUCUGAUUGAUUCAAAGGAGCAGCUGGUUGAACCAAGCAGUAUACAAGAUGGAGAUUUCCUUAACGCCGUUGUGAAGGUUUACUGCACCCAUACCGCGCCAGAUUAUUCACUUCCUUGGCAAAAACAGAGACAAUACACAAGUACUGGAAGUGCAUUCAUGAUUGAGGGUAGGAAACUUCUGACCAAUGCACACUGUGUGGAGCAUGAUACCCAGGUAAAAGUUAAGAGAAGAGGCGAUGAUACAAAAUAUGUGGCUAAGGUUCUGGCGAGAGGUAUUGACUGUGAUAUAGCACUGCUUACAGUAGAAAGUGAGGACUUUUGGAGAGAAGUAGAACCUCUCAGAUUUGGACGUUUGCCACAUCUUCAGGAUGCUGUAACUGUUGUGGGAUACCCCCUUGGAGGAGACACAAUUUCAGUGACAAAGGGAGUUGUAUCUCGUAUAGAGGUCACAUCAUAUGCUCAUGGAUCAUCUGACUUAUUGGGGAUACAAAUUGAUGCAGCAAUAAAUCCUGGUAAUAGUGGUGGUCCGGCCUUCAAUGACCAAGGGGAGUGCAUUGGUGUUGCAUUUCAGGUCUACAGAUCUGAAGAGGCCGAGAAUAUUGGAUAUGUGAUACCAACCACUGUUGUUUCUCAUUUUCUGGAUGACUAUGAGAGGAAUGGGAAGUACACUGGUUUCCCUUGCCUUGGUGUACUUUUACAGAAGUUAGAGAAUCCUGCUCUAAGAGCAUGCCUGAAAGUACAAUCUAAUGAGGGUGUCUUGGUACGCAGAGUUGAACCAACUACUGAUGCUAACAAUGUGUUAAAGGAGGGUGAUGUCAUUUUCAGCUUUGAUGAUGUUCAUGUUGGUUGUGAAGGAACAAUUCCAUUCAGAUCAAAUGAACGAAUUGCAUUCAGAUUCCUCAUUAGUCAAAAAUUUGCAGGGGACACUGCAGAGCUAGGCAUCAUUAGAGGGGGAAAACCAAUGAAGGCCAAAGUAGUUUUAAACCCACGAGUUCAUUUGGUUCCCUAUCACAUUGAUGGAGGUCAGCCUUCCUAUCUAAUAAUUGCCGGUUUAGUGUUCACACCCCUCUCAGAGCCAUUGAUAGAAGAGGAAUGUGAAGACUCCAUAGGGCUGAAGCUAUUGACGAAGGCACGCUAUUCUCUAGCAAGGUUCAAAGGGGAACAGAUAGUAAUCCUUUCCCAGGUCUUGGCGAACGAAGUCAACAUAGGUUACGAAGAUAUGAGCAAUCAGCAGGUCUUGAGAUUCAACGGGACUCGAAUAAGAAACAUCCAUCACCUUGCUCAUCUUGUUGAUUCUUGCAAAAACAAAUAUCUAUGUUUCGAGUUUGAAGAUAACUAUAUUGCUGUUUUGGAGAGGGAAGAAGCUGCAGCUGCUUCAUCCUGCAUACUGAGAGAUUAUGGAAUCCCAUCUGAAAGAUCUUCUGAUCUUUUGAAUCCAUAUGUGGAUUCAUUGGGAGAUGAUCAACCACUAGACUGGGACUUGGGUGAUAGUCCAGUUUCAAACUUUGAAAUUGACUUUGAUGGACUGCUCUGGGCGUAAAUUCUCACUUUUGUGGUUGGAAUAUGAAAUUCCUCGCGCAUUAGCAGCAGUGCUGGAAAACACAUUUCGGGCCCCCAUGAUGCGCUGCAACAGUACCGGCGCAGCUAACCUUGGUGGCAACGGGUGGAAAUUGAUCAAUCUAGAUUCUUACUAGGGGGAUGCUAGAGGGGAUAAUUUUUUUCCUCCUUUUCUGUUCUCGCUCCAAAGUCUAAAUUACAUGCUUUUCUUUUUUUAUGAAUGGGGUGAGAAAUGGGUUUUUGUCGUCAUGUUAUUUAUUAUUUAUUUUACAUAUUUUCCCUUCUUUCUUUUGCUCACUCCUGCAAUUGAUUACAAUUUUGCAUGUAUACUCAGUAUUGUUUUAGGGAAAAAGUUGUGUACGCAAGAGGGGUUCUUUGAUAAGCCUGGAGGGCAUUGAUGUAAUACAUAAUAAUUUCAUCCUUUGUAGUUCCUGUUUCUCAGA